AAAAAUAUAAAUUGCGCGCAAACUAAAAAAAAUUCUGAAUUGAAUUCUAAUACAAAUUAAUCUACAAUUAGUUAACUAAUUUAAUAAUUGUUUGAUUGAGUUAAAUAACUAACUAAAUUGUAUUUCGUUUAGUUUAAGGGUCACAUUUGUUGCUGCGGUUACAUUUGAUUAAUCGAUUCACAUUGCACACAAUACACAAUUCUAAUGUUAUUUGAGCCGUUUGUAAGUUAAACAUCAACUGUUUUCAUUGAACGUGCAGCCGGGCCCGCCAUUAGCAAGAAAAUAUUCAAAAAUGAGCCUCAAAAAUAAGAUGUUUAAUUUCUACUGCCGCCACAGGCCCUCAAAGAGCCACAUGGCUAUUGCCACCGCCUUUAUUCCUUCGGCUGGAUAUUUCGGACUGGCUAGCCUGUUGGCUUUGGUUUACUACACCGAUUGGAAGGCAAUUGCCGGUUAUAUUCCACUCUACAACACGAAAUUCCCUAAACCAGAGGGGAAAGAUGCAAAGUAAAAAGGAAUAUUCCACAUUUACUUAUACACAAAAAACUGUCAUGGACGACCGUUUUAGUUCGUGACUAGAAACAAAUCACAAUUGCUCAAGUUUGUUGCCAACUUCCAAUCGAAUUAACUUGAAUACAGUUAGUGCCAGCACAAGAACCAGCCACAAAACACAAAGACACACACAAAACCGAAGAGCAAAAUGUUUUGUUGCCAUCUAAAACGCAUCUCCAACGGCAUCUCCUCCACAGCAAGGAUCUAGCAAUUGCAACGAUAAUUUCACACACCAAAAUGUUUUUUGUAUCAUCGACACACACACAAGUUCACAAAUGUUCAAUUCUACUCAAUACCUAUUCAAAUGUUUAUUUUUACACACAAAACUGAAGAGCAAACAGUUUUGUUGCCAUCUCCAAAGGCAUCUCCAACGGCAUAACCUCAUCAGCAGGGAUCUAGCAAUUGCAACGAUAAUUUCACACACUAAAAUGUUUUAUGACGCACACACACACACAAGUUCACAAAUGUUCAAUUCUACUCAAUACCUAUUCAAAUGUUUACUUUUACCUUAAAUAAGCCAAUAAAAAAAACAUUGGAAAUGA